AUCUAAACACUACCUGGUUCGAGACAUUGCUGGGGUUGUUCCGUAGGUAGAACGGUUCGUUCUGCUGUCUUUGGUACGUUGAACAGCAUGUGAAGCUUCUGUUUGUGUCAUCUCCAGGACUUGCUUCAAUCUGUAGUCAUGCUGUUCUAUGGUAUCUCCCCAAACAAGCACAUCGUCUAGUUCAGUUCCUUCCAACAGCUGUGUCACCGUUCUGUGAAAAACCUCUGGUGCUGAAUUGGGGGGUGCAGGGCUGCAUUGCAGUGUUCAAGAAGUCUGUUUCACUCUGAGACACCGCUCACAGGUGCAGCGCGCACUGAACUCAACUUGCCUGCCGCCGCUGAGCGUGCGGGCACUGGGGUCGGGUCAUCAUUGGAAAUUCAAAGUUAACGGCUACCGACGGCGUCGACGGGAAGAAGACACACAGCGAUAUAUAUAUAUAUAUAUAUAUAUAUAUCUCCUAGCUUAAUAUAAUAACUUUUUUAGUUUAACAGCAUAUGACUGCCCGGAUUGGAAACGAAGUGCUGACUGUAGUGAGCUGCUCCAGACAGUAUGAAGAGCUGCCCCAGACUACACUCACCCUGGAGCCUCCAUUCCCAGAGAUAUUCACUGGGGAGACAGUCACUCUGAGGUGUGGGGUUGAGGGGGGUUCUGCUGGCUGGAAAUAUCUCUGGUACAAAGACAGUGAGGUCACUCCAGUGCUCCAGACUGCUGGCCGCAGUAUAACUGGUGACAGCUACACCAUCACUGCAGCCGCUGUAUCUGACCAGGGCCAGUACUGCUGUCGAGGACAAAGAAAAAGUCGACCAAUUUCCUCUCAGCUCAGUAAGCCUGUGACAGUAACUGUGUCUGAGGGCUGUCCCCAGGCUGUCCUGACCCUGCAGCCUGCCUGGGCACCGAUGUUCCGAGGUGAGACAGUCACCCUGAGCUGUGAAGUGGAGGGGGGCUCUGCUGGCUGGAGGUUUAAACAGUACAGAGAUGGACGUGAAGAGGCAGGGUGCAGUGAUCAAUACAGCAGGAGAUAUGGGGACAGCUGCACAAUCAGUAACACCUGGUAUUACAACAGUGGAGUGUACUGGUGUGAGUCUGCAUCAGGACAGAAACGCAGUAAUGCUGUCAACCUAACUGUGUCAUAUGAAUGGGUGAUACUGCAGACUCCCCCCCAGCCUAUGUUUGAGGGAGACUCUCUGAAUCUGAGGUGUCGUAUCUACGAUGGACAUAAACCUACCAGGGUUGUCUUUUAUAAAGAUAAUAAAGAGUUACAGUCCCAGACAGGCACAAAGUUGGGUUUUGAUCGUGCUUCAAAGAGUGACGAGGGGUCCUACAAGUGCAGAGCGUGGUGGAGCUCCCAGUAUGUUGGUGACUCUGCAGAGGUGCGGGUGUCAGUGAGAGCACUUCCAAAGCCUGCCCUGAACCUGACACCUGCAAGAGAGAUACUGGAGGGAGACACGGUCACCCUGAGCUGCUCUGUUCAGCCAUAUUCUACUAGCUGGAGAUAUCUCUGGUACAAAGACAGGCAGGGAGCUCCAGUGUACCAGACUGACAGCAGCAGUGGAACUGGAGCCAGAUACACAAUCAGUGCUGCUGCUCUGAAUCACAGUGGAGAGUACUGGUGUCGAGCUGGACGGGGCAGGAACACGUUUUACUCUGAACACAGCGAUCCUAUCUGGGUAAAUGUAACUGCUCUGUUCUCCAGGGUGACUCUGACAGCCUCUCCAGGAGCCACAGUGAAGGAGGGAGAGGCUCUUAACCUGACCUGUGAGGCAGCAGUGAACAAAACCCCCCGCCCUGAACUCCACUACACCAUUGUGAGAGACGGGGAGCCUGUGACUAACAGCACUGACUCUGCACUGUACAGCAUAGCCAGCACUGAGAAGAGCCACACUGGGAACUACACGUGUGCUGUGGAGUCACAGGGAGUGAGGAAGAGCAGCCAGGAGCUACACAUUGAACUACAAACGUCCUGGCACAGCGCUGCUGCUGCUGCUGGCUUCAGUGUCAGCUUCUUUGUGAUUCUUCUCAUUGUGUUCACUCUGCUUCUCCUCUAUCACAAGAUCAGAGGUUUCCCGUGUAUCACCGGUGGUAAGAGAAGUAGAACAUAUAGAGAUGGGGAGUGUGGAGCUGAAGUGAUCAAGCCUGGUGUAUCUCACUACUGUCACAGGGAACGCUCGGAUCAGAACCAGGACCAAGCAGCAGGGGGAGUAGAGCUCUCCAGCCGAGCACAGCAACCUGAUUAUGAAGAAAUAUUUUACUGUAGUGUUGACACCAGCAAACAAAAUAAGAAACAGAAAGUCUCUUCAGAAUUUGAAGAAGUGCUUUACUGUAAUAUUGACACAAGCAAACAUAAGAAAAAGGAAGUCAAACCUGCUGAGGCUGACACUGUGUACUCAGCUGUGAAAAUAACUGCAGGCAAACCCACAGCAGAUAAUGCAGAGUCCAUGUAUGCCACAGUCCUCCCAAAGAAGAAAAGGAAGUAAAUGAAGGGGGUCCCCAGGAGUGAGAGCCAGUCUGAAUCCAGAGACACUGAGAAGGGGAGCGUGUCGAACUGAAGGAGACAGACUGACAGAGAGCGAAUGAAUCCUAGUCAACAAUCUCCCUUCUGACCUGUGAAGGCGCUGUAUAACUGGAGCAGAGUGCCCCGUGAUGGAUAGUUUGGCAGUUCAUUCCAGGGUCAGUCAGAAGCCGGCCAUCCAGGAAGGGGGCGGGGCCACGAUACCAGAAGUCAUUGCCUUAAUGCGGAUGGCGUUGUGUCAGUUUCGGAUUGGAGGAUACGUGAUUGGCUGUGCCAUCGGAAGAGGGCGUGACUAAGGGUAUUUAGGGGAAGUGGCCCAGUGAACUGUUCCUUAGGUUGUUUACUGAAAGUACCCGUGGGAAAAUGGAUGUAAUUAAUAUCAUGUUAUCGUGUUUUGUUUGUUUGUCAGUCUAACUGUUUCUGUUUGUUCUUGAUAGACGGCUAACACAAUCGCUUAAGCCAGCACCCAACCAUGACUUCACUGCACUCGUGUUCACUAAUAAAUUGUAUUUCACCACUUGCACUUCAGCACUCA